CGUCGCUAGUUUUAACUAUUAGUAAGAGCUAACUUGUUUUUUAAUUGAUUUUGACUUCUGAUCACGAAGAGUGAAUUUAAAAGAUUAAAUACAUUUUAACUGAGUUAUAAUAACGCCUACGAACUACUACGAAUUACUUCUAAAAAGCUAAAAAAAAAAGAAGUUUUGUCUAAAAAGAAGAUCAAUAUUAGUUUAUGAAAAUAUUUCUUCGGCUCUUCUCCGUAUUCAUGAAGAAAAUAAUGUUGAAGAUGCACUUGAUUACAAACUCUUUGUUUACCGACAUUGAAUAAAAAAUCAAACACAACCACGGUGAAAUAAAAAAAAAAAAAAUACCAACAAAGUUCUAAAUGCAUUGUUUUGAGAAUAGCUUAAACUGAUAUAUUAUACUGAAAGGGAGAAUUUUUCGAGCAUAAUUUAAGUGUAGAGCAUGAUUAAGAUGAGGUUAAGUUUAAUUGUGGUCAUAAGAAUAGUGUUUGGAUUGUUAAUAUUUUUUAUUCUUUUAGUCUGCUUACUGUUACUAAACUGUCACAAAUGUGCGAAUAACGAAGUUAACUUUAAGUCAGAUGUAAAUUUCAGUAGCGAAAGUUGUGUUAACACUGUUAGAGAAUAUAAAGAAGAGAUACAACGGCUAAACGAAAAAAUAGCCGCAUUAAAAUUAGAAUUAAAUUGGCAUAAAAAACUUCAGAAAUAUGUAGUUUCUCAAAAAUCGAUGCAAGGAAAAGAAUCUUUGAACGAACAAACGUUCUUAAACCGGUUUACUCCGCGAACUGAGUACGAAGUUAUUCCUUACACUUCGUUUACAUCUCAAUACAUGUUUGGAGAGAUUGGAUUUCUUUCUAAAAAGCCUGCAGCAACGCCUAUCGGUCAGCAGGCUGAGGAAGUAAUUGAUGUUAUUGAUUUUGGCAUUAGAUUUCUAAAUUUAGACAUCGAAUCAAAAGCCGAUCGCAUGGUGAUUGAUAACUUUGUUGAAGGAAUUACAAGAAAUGAUCUAGUUUACGGAACAGUUUACGAUUUAUACUUCCGAAGUAAUCACUCUCCCGAUAUUUUUAAAAGAUUAAAAUUAGUUCGUCCGUAUUCUAAUCUCCAACCAGUAGAUCAAAUAGAGACAAUAGAAACAUCAAAUGAGUGGAUAAACCUAAUAUUACCGUUAUCAGGGCGACUUGAUAAAUUUGCACUUUUCAUGGAGCGGUUUGUCGACGUUUGUAUUCGAAAAGAUCGUCGUAUUUUUUUAACAAUUAUUUAUUUUGGAACAGAAGGUCAAAAGGAGUUAAAACAAAUAAUAACUAAAAUUGCAAAUAAAGAAUCAUAUCAGCAUUAUAAAGUUAUAUUUCAAAAUUCAGAAUUUAGUCGCGGUAAAGGCCUUCAAGUUGGUGCAGAAAGCUGGAAGAAAGGAAACGUUUUAAUGUUUUUUUGUGACGUAGACAUUUAUUUCACAAACGACUUUUUAGAAAGAUGUCGUCUACAUACAGGGCCUGGGUCUAAAGUUUAUUAUCCUAUAGUAUUUAGUCAGUAUAAUCCAGAAAUUGUAUAUGGAGGCCAGCCACCACCACCAUUGGCUGAGCAAAUGAUUAUUACUAACGAUGGAGGAUUUUGGAGAGAUUUCGGAUUCGGUAUGACAUGUCAAUACCGUGAUGACUUUUUUAGAGUGGGAGGGUUUGACCUUUCUAUAAAAGGUUGGGGAGGGGAGGAUGUAAUGCUUUACAAGCAGUAUUUAAGAACUAAAAUGACCGUUAUAAGAGCUUAUGAUAGAAACCUUAUGCAUAUAUACCAUGCAAAAAGUUGUAUAAAGACGUUGUCUGAUGAACAAUUUAUUUCAUGCUUGCAAAGCAAAGCGGUGUCUGAAGGCUCACAUAAACAAUUAGGAAUGCUGGCUUUUGGGUCAACUUUAAUAAAUGGAAAAGAUCCAGAAUGGGCACAAAAACUAAAAUUGUCAUUAAAUGAUUUGUCGAAUGAAAAAUAGUGCGCCGACCUAAAAAACUAUCAAUUACUAUAAAUAUUAGAACUUUUUUACAUGUUUUUUAAUGUUAGAACUAUUUUUUAAAAUAUUUGAAAUUGUUUAUAAUAUUACUGCA